UAAACAUCCUCUCCAGCCGGAAGGUAUUCACUCACGGUCCUUCUCUUUCCGUGUCUGUUUAGGAGUAGAGCGUGAUUUCAGGAACAGACGAACAUAGUCUUCAAAAUGCAGGACCCUAACGAAGACACGGAAUGGAACGAUAUUCUGCGGAAGAAAGGCAUCCUCCCACCGAAGGAGACGCCGAAAGAGGACGAGGAGGAAGAACAGCUGUUUCAGCAGCAAUCCGUCGUGAAGACCUAUGAGAGCAUGUCUCUGGAGGAGCUCGAGGAGAACGAGGACGAGUUCAGUGAAGACGACGAGGCGGCCAUAGAGAUGUACAGGCAGAAGAGGCUGUCGGAGUGGAAGGCCAAUCAGGUGAAGAACGUGUUCGGGGAGCUGAACGAGAUCUCUGGUCAGGACUACAUCAACGAGGUCAACAAGGCUGGGGACGGCAUCUGGGUGAUACUGCACCUCUACAAGCAGGGGAUCCCCUUGUGCACUCUGAUUAAUCAGCACCUGUGUGCGCUGGCGCGUAAGUUCCCGCAGACCAAGUUCCUGAAGUCCAUCUCCACCACGUGCAUUCCCAACUACCCUGACCGCAACCUGCCCACCGUCUUCGUCUACCGCAACGGAGAGAUGAAGGCCCAGUUCAUCGGAGCGCUCGUCUUCGGGGGCAUGAACCUCAAAGUCAAUGAACUGGAGUGGAAGCUGUCUGAAUCGGGAGCAAUAAAGACAGACUUGGAGGAGAAUCCCCACAAGCAGAUCCAAGACAAGCUCAUGACGUCCAUACGCUGCUCUGCAACGACCAAACACGACAGCUUAUGA